AGUGGCCUGCAGACUGCCCUGAACUCAUCUCUCAAAGCUGUUACAGAGCCCAAGAAGAUCCAGGAUGAACACCUUCCUCCUCCUCCUCACCAUCAGUCUCCUGGUUGUGGUCCAGAUACAAACAGGAGUCUUGGGACAAAACAGUACUGCUGUUACUACCCCUGCCAACAAAGCCGCCACGACUGCCGCCGCCACCACCAAGGCUGCCGCCACCACUGCCACCAAAACCACCACCGCUGUCAGAAAAACCCCUGGGAAACCCCCCAAGGCUGGGGCCUCAUCCAUCACCGAUGUGGGGGCCUGCACUUUUCUUUUCUUUGCCAACACCUUAAUGUGCCUCUUCUACCUCAGCUGAGGGGAAGGCAUUUCUAAAGCCCUAUGCUCCUCACACCGCUGCCACUACCAGUAGCAAGAGACACCCCAACCCAGUCCCUGGGAAGGGUUGAUACCAGAGAUCCAAGGAGGUUCAAGUUGACAGCCCAUAGCCAGAACGUCGAGGUACUGGGGACGUGACACCCAGCUGGGGCACAAUAAA